UCCGUCCUGUCCCCGCGGCGCACCGAGGCGUGGGCAUGGGCACCAGGGUGCGCACCGCUGCCAUCUGGGUCCCACCCCUGCAGGAUGGCGACAGUUCAGGCAAUAGGAUCCGAAAGCGCAAAGGUCAGGCUCCCAUUGUGGGUCUGGGGACCCCUGACCAGAGGCCUCUCCCUGGAGGACCCCAGCAGAGGCACAAGAGCCACAGGACAGAGCAGGCCCUCGAGUGGCUGUUUAUUUCCCAGGAACAGCGGGAAACCACAGAGUUCCAGAGGCCGCUGUCGUUCAUGGACGUGUGUGUGCACUUUACCUGGGAGGAGAUGCAGCUGCUGGACCCCGCGCAGAAGCACCUGUACAGGAGUGUGAUGUUGGAGAAUUACAGCAACCUGGUGUCUGUGGGGUAUCAACACACCAAACCUGACAUCAUCCUCCAGCUGGAACAAGAAGAGCUGCGCGUGGUGCAGGACCGAAUCCUAAGUCACGGCCAUCCAGCUCAUUAUACAGGAUACAAUCUCAAGAUACCUAGGAUGAAGCAUGAUGAUUCACGGAAGGGAAAGGAAAAUUUGGAUAAAGAAAGAAUUUCAGAUAUUUGCUAAACGAUGCCCCAGAAAUCCCUAGAAAUACCAUGACUGUUUUUUGUCAUUGAUGUUCCACUGAAGAUACACACACAGUAAGAAUAAGCACCUAAGGGAAAGUCUACAUUCAAUUUACUAUUACCCAGGGUCACUUAGAAUUUAAAAGUUACUGUAUUGUGUGAUGCAAAUCCACAUAAGACCAAGAGGAUGGUAAUCCAAUAGUGUGGGAAAGGAUAGUGCUGGAUUUUGU